AUGGCAACACAAGAUUCAUCAAGCACACAGAUGUUCGGAAAAGACGUAAAUCAGAUUCUAGCGGAACAUGAAAAUCAGAAAACGCAAAAAGAACAAGAGACGUCGAACAGAGGAAGAGGUAGAGGUAGAGGUGGUAAGAGAGGAAGAGGCGGUACCACGAACACGACGUCAACAACUAGACAAACAAGAAGCGAAACGAAAGGAGAAAUCAGGAAACCUAAAGAAAAUACUCCAAAUGAAGAUGAAGGAGAAGAAGAAAGUCAAGAAGAGCCGUAUAGCGAGUUGACAGAAGAAGAUAAUGAAGAAGGAGAUGGAAAGGAAACGACAAAAGGAGAAGAGAGAAUGGUGGGUAGAGGAGAAGAUGAAGACAAGGAAAUCAUCAAAUUAGGAGAUGAAGCAGACCUAGUUAAAGAGGAUGCCCAUAUAGAAAGAGAGCAUGAAAGAUACGUCAAUGAGUUGUUAAAAUUGUACGACAAAGGGAAAGUCGGAAAAUUUCAAAUGCUAGAGGUGGCGUACACAAGAUGGUGUGAAAAAGUUAAAUCUCAACCACGACCAAUUGAAAUGCUGAACUGUUCAAGCGAAGAGGAUGAAGUGGAACCAAGCUCCUUAAAAAGGAAAGGAAAAGAUCAAUCAGUAGAGAAACCUUCAAAAGUUGGAAAAAAGAUGAAUCAAGGCACAAUGUUAACUCACCGAUUGAUAGAUUUAGCUCCAUAUUGGGAUGGGAAGAUGUCGGCUUGUUUCGGAUAUGUCCCUCUGACAAUCUUCGUACCGGCGUGGGUACUGGCAGAUAAAACCCAUAUGGCUAAUAGACGGAAACAAACUUCAUCCUGCUCCGAUAUUGUGUCUUACGUUGGUUUGAGAGUCCCAAGCGAAUGGAGACAAAGCUUCUUGAUGUGGUUGACCUCAUUCGACUUAUAUCAAGUAGGAUGGGAUACGUUGUCAUCAAACGAAGAACAGAUAACGGCAGUAACGGGAGGUAGAAUGCUAUCGCAUUUGGCUGUGAAUAACAGGAAUCAGAACAUGAACCAUCAUCAGCACACAAAUCAACCGUCAAGAAGAGGUCAUGACGGCGGUUUCAAUCAAGGUCAACAUGGUCAUCACGAUCAUUACGACCAGGGGAUAGGAGGAAGUGGAUCUUACGGAGGAGCGGGGAGAAGUAGAGGUCAAAGAGGGAGAGGGUUUAGUAGAGGAGGUAGUGAAAGAAGCGGUACCCUCAGAAACUCACAAACACCGAUCCCGACGACAAUUGUAAACGGAGUGGCAGUGCCGAAGUAUGGACCAGGAGCUUUCGAGGCAUUGAAAGCAGCAAAGCAGGCGGGAGCGAAUGGGAGUGGAGCAGCAGCACCGCAGUGA